CUUCCCUCCCUUUAACCAUUGCCAUCCCCCCCUUUCGUCUGCGUCUCAUUCCUUCCGAAUUCCUCCAUUGAUCUCCAAUUCUCCGUCCGCACAUGCGUCAAGCCCUGUGAGCUACAAAAAGCGGGAACCUGUUGACUCUUCGUUCAUUUCGCGACACUCCUUCUCUUUCUCUUUGCUGAUCCCAUUCUACCCCUCCUUUUCUGUCAAACACCAUCCACUGCCCGAAGAGUGCGCAAAACUCUUGCCAUCAUGUCUCAAAUAAAGGACGUUGCGCCAUCCCCUACCGAGACCGACCUCGAUUCACAAUCCUCCCAAUCCUCCGGUCCAGUCAACACCGUACCCUCGCGCGAUCCUACCCCCGCGACCUCUGCGGCUCAACAAAGCGACAAUAUUGCCCAUGCAUUGGCUGGUGCGGGCGGCGGCCUUCUCGCGAUGACCCUGACCUACCCCCUGAUUACCCUCUCGACCCGAGCACAGGUCGAGUCGAAGCGGGCCGAUACUUCCACAAUCGCAGCUGUGAGACACAUCAUCAAGCGGGAAGGUCUGGGCGGACUCUAUGCGGGACUCGAGAGUGCGUUGUUUGGUAUUUCAGUCACCAACUUCGUCUAUUACUAUUGGUAUGAGUGGACCCGCGCCUUCUUUGAGAAAGCGGCGAUCACAGCGGGCCGAGCUAGCAAGAAGCUCACCACGGUCGAGAGCAUGAUCGCCGGUGCGAUUGCGGGUUCAGCAACCGUCCUCCUCACCAAUCCUAUCUGGGUCAUCAACACAAGGAUGACAGCCCGCAAGAGCGAGUCCGGAGAGGGCGAGUUACCAGGUGGUGAAAAGAGACAGGUCAAGAAACCUGGCACCAUCGGGACCUUGUUGGCCCUCCUUAAAGAGGAAGGGCCCUCCGCUCUUUUCGCCGGAGUCCUUCCAGCUUUGGUCUUGGUGAUCAACCCAAUCCUACAAUAUACCCUGUAUGAACAAAUGAGGAACGUUUUGGAGAAGAAGAGGAAAUUUGGCCCACGUGAUGCCUUUUACCUAGGUGCUCUUGGCAAGCUGCUGGCGACUACCAUCACCUAUCCUUACAUUACUGUCAAAUCCAGGGCUCAUGUCGCCAGCAAAGAUGAUCUUCAUGAGGGUAUGUGGAAGAGCUUGAAUAGGAUUGUCAAGGAAGAAGGCUGGGCCGGUUUGUACAAGGGACUCGUCCCUAAAGUCAGCCAAAGUGUAUUGACAGCGGCUUUCCUCUUUGCCUUCAAGGACGUUCUAUACGACAUGACCGUGGCGAUGCGCAGAAGGGCAAAAGCCAUCAAAGCAUGAUCCGAAACUCGAACACCACUUGGGUGUAUCCAGCAUUCAGAGAAGGAUGUCUAGAAUGUCUUGAUAUCUCCACGUCAGCACGAAGAGAUUGUCACCUAUAGUGCAACGGCUCUCUUCCAAAUAGCAUGAAAUGCUAUUUCAGCAGUAUUCCUGCAAGUGCUCGUUGGAAUACAAAGCGACCUAAGGACAAGCGGAAGUGGAGCCAGGGAGGUUGUCGUCCGCGCCCUCAAAAGGUCCAAGAACUUAAGAACGCGUUCAGAAAUAGACGGCACAGGUUCUCACUUGUAAAUCGAACCUACCGCCGCAAUUAUAGCUUCACUUAGAUCAGAUUAGCGCUCUACGAAGAUUGUGGUAAAAUUCUAUGUCGUAUCUCCUCGA